UUACGACGGCUAGGGUUCCCCCCGGUCGCUCGCGAGAGAGACACGGGAGGGGACGGGAGGGGAAACUCCGCAUCAACCGUCUCUACUUUCACGGCUGGUAGACUUUAAUGUACGUCCAGGGGCGUUUGAUCCGUUUCUGGGUGCGUUUGGUGCUCCGAGAGCUGCCGCAGACGAUAUCACGCAGUAGCAUUCACGUACCUGCUGACACAAAAUUUAGAGCUUGGUUAAAUUGUCAGCUCUUCUCUAUCCUACAGCUGCAAAGUGUGAGUUAAACUACAGAUAAAAGGUACAAUACUGCACGCAAGAGAGCUGUGCAUGCGUCCUCAUACACAUUUUCCUGGCCAAUGGUACACACCUACAUGCAUCUAGCUGGUUGGAAAAAAGAGAUUUGCAGCCCUGUUGCACUGGCACGCCAUGAUUCAUACGAGUUAAUAGCAGGCUCGUUUGGUCUCCGUUGCUACUGGAUGAGCUCGCUCUAAAUAGCACUUCACCACGAAAGAGACGCGAGGGCAGCAAAGCAGAGGGGAAAAGCUUCGGUCCCUUCUUCUUCCUCCUCCUUCUCUUUCUAGCGACUGAAAGAGUAACCUUGGGGGAAAAAGCCUGGUCCGGUCUCGAGGAGGCUAAGAUGGAGGAAGAUACACCAGAGACACGGACAAUAGAUUUCAUGGGGGUCGGCUGUGCAGCUGCCUCUGUUGUUAUUCCCGAGCCUAUGGACGUUUCUACUGUUGUGGCUGCUACUUGUGAUGUUGAUGUUGAGCUAGUACUACCACCACCUGCACUCAUUGAACCAGAUAUUCCUGAUUUUGUUCUGCAUCCUAAUGUUGGGAUAAUCCCUAAAACUGGUCACAGCGUUCUUAAUAGCUCUUUUGCACCUAAAGACAUUGCUAUAGCAGUAGCAAAAUGGGGUGAAAGUCCUAAAAGAUUGAUAAGAGAAAUGGGGCUAGGUGGUUUGCUGCAUGUAGAUCAUUUUACUCAUUUCAGUUGAAACCAUUCUCUCUUCUUGUUGCGAUCAGUAGACACAAGGAGGAAAAGGUUGGUACUAGGGAAAAACCAUUUUGCUCAGAUCAAUGAGAGGUCAAUGUCUGGCAUUUUAGGGACAAGAGAAGGUGGUGAGGUUGAGAUCCAAAGAUUAAGAGAGGGGCCUACCACCAAAGAAAUUUUCAUGGUUAGGAAAAUGCUUUAACUAGAUCUUAACCACCAAGAGGUUAAAACACCAGACCUUUUGAAAGUUUUGUGUGAACAGCAUCCAGAUGAGUUCACCAAACCAAAGUCAAUCAGGUUCAAACUUGCCUUUGCUAUGUUAGUACUGUCAGUGUUCUAUAGUCCCAGAGACAAGAGAGGAUAUGUGCCAAAGUAUGCAUAUUUGCUGGCUUAUGCUCCUGAAAACCUUGACAAAUUAAACUGGACAAACUAUUCUUGAUGGAGCAGCUAGAGUUCAGCAGUAUGUCAAUGCUAACGCGAGGCCAGGAAUCACCAUCUUUGGUUGCCACUACUAUCUUCAGUCAAUGCAGGCGAUCAAAACGUAGAUCCUACGGUUUGGCCUAGGAUAUGUGAGUACAAUGCACCAAAGCUUUUUGCCCUUGUUGAGAAGGACACCAUGAACCGUACAUUAGAAAGAGUUUUUGGCAUGUUGAGGCCUGGUGUGAAAGGGCAUCUAGCCAAUCUUAAGAGGCAGAAGCGAACGGCAAGCAGAUCACAGCUUCGAACAGUUUUAAAUGAGCACCCAGCUACUGUCCGUCUAUCAGAUGCGGAUGAAGUCAUGCUAUCACUUCCAACAAACAAUGUAUCAUCUAGACUGACAGCGCCCACUAUGGCUGAAAGAUUUAAGCCAUGCACAGGCCCAAACAUUGGUGACAUGCCAAAAACCAGGCUCUCUGGAAUGGAAAGUCAGAUGAAAUUAAGAAGAUAGUUGAUCAAGCAGAAGUUUGGCUUCGGAACGCAAUUGCAAGUAUGGAGCUGAAUUGCAAGCUAGCUUAUGACAAGUUAUUAGAAUAAGUGAAGCUAAGGACCGAAAUGUUCGAUGGGUCAGUAAACUUUAUGGUUGCAAACCAUGGAGAGAUUCAGAAGACAACUAAGCUGCUGACAUUGCUGUACUUGCACAACCACCUUCUUGAGCAUGAUGUUGGAAAGCACAUGCCAAGGCUAGAGAAGCACCUAAACAUGAUAAACAUGCUUCUUUCAGGUGGUACUGGAGGUCCUAGUACUAGCACCGCACCAUUGCUACCAAGAGUGCUUGAUGGACUGUUUGGAGGUAGGUCAUCAUUUAGUGGAACACCAUGGAACAGGGUGCGCCAUAAUAUUAGAGAACCUCAGAGCACACUUGUGUUAAACCAUGUGCCUAUUAGGUUAGCCCCUGUGAACCUACCUGUAGCAAGGCCAGAACUAGUAGAAGAGCAAAAUAUCAAAGGCACAGGAACUGUACAGCAAACCAAUGGGAGUGCUUUUUCAAGUUAUGGAGGAGAUAAUGCUGGGAAGGAGGCUACAACAAGCGCCGGGCAGAGCACUUUAACAAAGAGACCAAGAGAGGAAAAUUCAAGGGAUGAUCGUGGUAAGGAGGCUGCAAUAGAUGAUGCACAACUGUUUGAUAAUAGAGAUGGCGUUCAAAAUGCAAUUGACAUUGCCGGCUGCAGUGAUAUUAGUGUUAAUGCUUCUCCAAAGAGACCACAUGCUGAUAUUGAAACAAAGUCUGGUGGCAAGGAGCUUAUAGUUUACACAGCAACAAGAUGUAGACGUGCUAGAUUAGAACCGAACUACUUGAUGAGGGAGAGACAUGUUCACUCAGAUUUGCCUCUAGCGGAAAACCCUUUCCACUACAACAAAAGGAUAGAAUUCCCUAGUCGCAGGACAGCAAAAGAAUUAUAUGAUAGAUUGUUGUUCUCUGACUCAACCACAACAAAAAAGCUAUGGUUUGUUCACACUAUACCAACACUGCUCAAAAUUAGUGGAUCGGAGCUCAUUGAAUGUUUCCAAGAGUUUGGCCUAUUUACAAGACUUACAAGUGUAUUAGAAGGACGCUGGAUGAAAAUGAACGCGGAUGGUAUGGAAUAGAAGAGCGCAGAAGGUGGCGCAAAAUACUUCCCAAGGAAUGGGUGACUAUGGUGCUGGGUGGUGGACAUUACAUCAAGAAUCCAAAGAUGAGACAGAUGUUUGCUGGUGGUCUGCAUGAUUAUGCCUUGGACACUUGCCAACUGGGUAUUGCAUCAUGUAUGCAUUUGAUAUGGACCUUGAAAUUCUGCAUGUAUUUGACCCCAAACGUACGUGCGCCGGCAUACGCAUACUCGAAAGGCUACAUCAGGCAAACUGUGAAAUAUUGCUGGAUGGACUUCUAAAAUGCGUUGAAGCUUUCUUUGAAGGCUGGGAACAGGAUAGAUCAAGAUGGAAAUUCAAAUUCCAUGACUAUGUUAAUAGUCCUUGCCGCACAGAGGACACACCGGUCUAUGAUUUUCACUACAUUCUAUCGUUUGAUGGGAUGCAUGUACAAGGGACAAUUGACACGGAAAGUGUCGAUCAUCUAAGGAAGAAACUGAUGUACCUGGUGCUGAGGAUGGAAAGUAAUCUCGGUUAUCUCGAUCCAAACAGCGAGGAGGACUGAUGAAGAAUUUUCAGCAGUACAAUCAGGAUGAUUCUGUUAAAAGCAUGGGUCAUCUACAUGCAAGGGAAAUGCCAAGCAAUAUGGAUUAAUAUUAGCUAUGUAAUGUAAUGUACCGAACCGAAUUUAGCUUUCGUAUCCUAUCUACAAUAACCUUUGUGAGAAAUUAAGGCUAUUAUAUUAGCCAUGUAAUGUAAUGUAAUGUAAUGAAAUGAUCAGAACUACCUUCCCUAACUAGCAGAACCUUUGGAUAAAAAUUAAGGCAAGUGUAUUAUU